AUGAUGGGCACAGUUGGGGCCUCUGUGCUGUUGCUAGUUCUGCAGACCUCAGUCACCUGUGUAGCACUCGGAGCAGCCCUGACUGACCACUGCAUCGCCAACGACUUUGGAAGGUUUCGCUUCAUGUUUAUGACUUUGGGUGUUGGAAGAAAGUUCUUCCUGACAUCUGUUCCAAAUGUGUUUAUCGAAAAGUGUGAUACCCAACUUGGGCCCGGAAGAGUGGCUCCUGCAAAGAAGGGUGGAGAGAAGAAGGGCCGUUCUGCCCUUAACGAGGUGGUGACCCAAGAGUACACCAUCAACAUUCACAAGCGCAUCCAUGGCGUGGGCUUCAAGAAGCGUGCUCCUUGGGCUCUCAAAGAAAUUCGGAAAUUUGCCAUGAAGGAGAUGGGGACUCCAGAUGUGCGCACAGACACCAGGCUCAGUAAAGCUGUCUGGGCCAAGGGAACAAGGAAUGUUCCAUACCGCAUCCGAGUACACUUGUCCAGAAAGCAUAAUGAGGAUGAGGAUUCACCAGACAAGCUCUACACACGGGUAACUUACGUGCCUGUUAACACAUUCAGAAAUCUACAGACCGUCAAUGUGGAUGAGAACUAACUGCUGAAUGUCAAAUAAAGUUACAGAACUGCCUCCAAAAGAAAAGUGUGAUACCCCUAACAUUUAUGUUUCCUCAUUAAUUACUUGGAACAUGUCAUGGCGUUUGCUGCUUUGUGUUUGGGUUCCUGGUCGUAUUUGUGAUGCCUCCGUUGUUAAGCACAGUAACUGGGUAGAUGCUUUGUUUUUGUUGGCUGGACGGAUGGCGCUUUGCUGGGAAUUAAACACAGUUAUGCGUCCUGCUCGAAACUUUCAGCUGCGUCCCAGCAGGUCCUGUGUCUUUCUCAGAGCGGUUGCUCAUUUCAGCCACUUGAAGUCUCCAGAUCGGUCCCUUUUCAUCCUGCGAUUUCAUCCACCUGUACCAUGCUGCUGAGUGACAAGUUCUUUUCCUUCGGAUGUUCAGUCUCCUGGCGGUGAAAAAUGAUGGCGUGUUUCUUAAAGCAAGAAGCGUGGUUCGGUUUCUUGGGAAGGGGCAGGUGUUUUACCCACUGGAACGUGCCAGUGACUGACAGUGUGUUGGUUUCUCUAGGCCAGGCUUGGUGUUCCUUGAAUUUCCCUUGAUGUUGGAAAUGAUGGCUGGCACGUCAUAUGGGCAGCAAGCAAAACUAGGAGUCAUAUUUGCGUUUAUAACUAUUUCUUCCAUGACCUACUUGUUCUGUCUUCAUAGGAGAUGCUGUUAACCUCUCCAGACUAAUUUUCUCUUAAAAACACCUUCAAGUCUAGCUUGAGAAGACAAUGAGGAUUCAGUGAGUAAUGGAAUAUGCAUGGGCUGAAUGCCUACAGUACAUUGGGCUAUUGUCUCAGUCAGAGGUAGGCAAAUGUACGUGGCCCUUUUUCUCAUGGAGGGAAGCUUCUAGUGGGGAGAUAAGCAUCCUCUAAUAAAAGCAAAAAUAAUCUUAUAAUUAGUCAUUGUGAUAACUGCUACAAACAAAGUCACAGGAUCUUGUGAGAGAAUAAUAGUGUUUAAUUUAGACUUGGGAAAUAAAUGUUUGCCUGAAUGUGAGUGAAGGGGAGACUGAUUUAUAAUUCUUUCUGUUUAAAAACCUAUUAUUGAGCUUUAUUCAGGUAUAAUUGGCCAAAAAAUGUGUGUGACUUAGAUUGACAAUAUGACAUUUUGACAUGUAUAUACAUUAUAAAGUUAUUAAAUCAUUCUAAUCAAUGUAUCAAUGACCUCACAUACUUACUAUCUUACUCAUCAUUUUUGUGUGCUCAGUGAGAACUUUUCCAUGAAUAUUUUCAGGACUUUCCCACAUGUAUUGUUACCAUCAGUAAGCCUCAUGGUGUGGAAUACAGGGUCAUACUUUAUUCUUUGUUUAACUGAAAUAUUGCCCCCUUUGACCAAGAUCCCCUAUUGCCCAAUGAGUAGGAUAUAAUUAACCUUAACCUGAAGGCUGAGUUAUUAUGGGGGAGAAUGGCUUUGCAAAGUCCUUGAAUUAAAAAAAAUAAAGAUCAGAAUACUACAGGAGAGGAGAGGGGUUUCUCUCAGUUGGUAAAGAGUUUACCUCAAACACAGAAUGCUCUGGGUUCAAUUCCCAGCACUGCAGGAACUGAGGGUGGUGCUGUCACCACAGCACUUAGGAUCAUUCUCCACCACACAAGGUGUUUGAGGCUAACCUGGAGUUUAAGGGACAUGCUUCAAAAAGGAACAAACAAAACAAAAGAAAACAAGAUUAAAAACCCAAAAUGGUGAUCAGCAACAACAAAUAAAAAAUAAUAAAAGAAUUAAAAGUAUGGAGAGAAGACAGAAGACAGACAGGAUUUUGUUUUUGAAAUGAAAAGCCCUCGCAAGGUUUUGAAGGGAGGGAAGGAAUGUCAUCUUGUGCAAAAUAAAUUAGAGAAGGCAAGAGGGUAUAGGAAGGUCAAUGAGAUGGUUUUCAUUUAAGAGGGGAUAGUAGAGUUGGGAGAUUUUCACUAUUGCAGAUGUGGAGAGGUCUGGAAGCAGAUAAAUUGAUGAUAUAUUUAUGGAGGAAGGGACCAAGGUGUGGCUCAGUGUUAGAGUGCUUUCCUUGUACUUCACCAGAGGUGAAGGCUAACAUGACUUCCAUUUCUCUGGCUGGGGUAGAUGACGGUGCCCCAGAUAAAUGGGAAGAAUCCGUGAGACUCAGGUUUGAGUGUGAUCAAAGGUUCAGCUUUCACUGGUGAGCUGUGAGGUGCUCCCGAGGCUGGAAUGGAGAGGAACAUUAUGGGCAGUGAGUGGCAUGCUUCUUAAUGAUACAACGUAAGUGAAGUCAGGCAUACUCAAGAGUCCCAUUGUUUUCUAUGCUCCUAGAGGGGGCUGUGGUUUCCUCAAUAUUGCAUGGAGAAGUAGAUACUCUUAGCACAUGUCCAUAAGAUUGGCAUUUUAUUUAACUUCUGAAUAGAACAGAAUGGCAGACCUAAAUGAAAAAAUAUAUAAUUCUUGGAGAUAUACAUAUAUAUAUAUGUAUAUCUCCAAGAAUAAUUACAAUCUACAUGCAUCAUUAGAGAGGAUAUUGCUGGGGCACUUUAGGUCCCCAGGUAUUUAAAUGUCAGGAGAAUUAUUUUCUCAGUGGUUCUAACACGAACUUUCGAGUCAGAUUGUGACUGUCACUUAUUCAUGUGUACUUUGGAUAUACACACUCCUAGCCUCAUCUCCCUAACCUGUAAAUUGAGGAUAGUGAUCUUAGGGUUAUUGCAAAGGUUUAAUCGAUAUGUGUAACAUGCCUCGUUGUAUGUUAGAAGACGUGGUGGAAGAAGUCAAUGAAAAGCAGACUUCAUAUUUAAGAUGUUUGGACAUUUGAACAAAUCCUCGAUUAAAGAUGUCAUUACAUACUAAUUUCAGAAGGUUCAAAGACUCAAAAUCCACUUAUUAAAAAAGGUAAAAUAAAUCCUUGAACGGUGGUUUGUUUACUUACUUAUUCGUUAGCUUUUUUCCUUGAUUUAGUUAGAAUGCCAGGCAUGGCUUCUUUCUGGUGAAGCGUGUCUCUGAUCUAAAGCAGUUGUUUCCCCUUAUAACAGCCAUGCCAUUGCUGCAGAGUGGGCACAUCUUACUUGGUGUGUUGGUGUUGUAGCUCACAGAGUUGAUGGCGUAUAGGCUGUUGAUGGCCGCUCUGUCUUCAGCCGCCUGCACAGCACCGCCUUGCCUUAUGAAACAGCAUUCUGCUCCCUUCCAGCUUGAUUUCUCUAAGGCUUAUGGCCAACGUGUAUGAUGUCUUCAGAAGUAUAGUCUGGCUCUUUGGUUCUGGUGGGCACCAAAGGCAAUAGCAAAACUCUGUCCAUUUUGAGUCCCAACAGGGGUUCUAUGACCAACAGCUUAUGGGGAGGUAUCCCACACAUGUCAGUAGGGCAUUUGUUUAAUAGCUAUGGCUUUUGGGAUGGCAUUAUUUACUGUAGUAGUCUUUUCUGUCUUUAAAAAAAUAUUUUUAAAUUAGCUUAUAAAUAGUAUGUUUUCAUAGAAUGCUUUUUAGCACUUCUUUAGUUUUGAAUGAUAUUCCAAACCCCCCUUUUGUGAGCAGAGAGCAGCAAUGAAUAGGAAUAUGAAUGCCUUGGCAUCUCUGUGGCAAUCUUUGGGUAGAUACCCAGAAGCGAUGUAGCUUGAUGAGCUGGUCGUUCUAUUUUAGCUUUUUGAGAGACCUCCACACUGAUCUCCACAGUGGUGACACCAAUUUACUCCCCCAAUGACAGUGAGUUGAGGGCUCCCCUUUCCUUACAUGUCUGGAGUGGUCAUAGGCCUUUAUGGGGGGAUCUUACUGGUGAUGUGUUUGUAAAAUGCAAAUAUCAAACUGUCUUCUAAAUAUUUAUGUUUAUCCCUAUAAUGAGUACUGUUCUCAGCCGUGGUCAGAGGACCUUCCCUCUGCAGUGUGCGGUGGUUAAGAUGGUGACUCAUAACUGGCCAAAGUGCUGAGAUUAGGGACUGUGGAGUGCUGAGCCCCAAACAAGUUAUCUGUAGAACCUCCCCCGAGGGAACAACUUGCAGGAGAGUUGGCAGUGGCAAAGAUGUUAAAGCUGGGAGAUAGGAAGAACAUGGACCAGGCUGUCUUCUAGACCUGAGUUCACUGCAUCUGUAUUUACCAGUAUAGUACUGGCUUACUUGCCAGCAAUCAAUUGUGAUUGGGGGACAAGACCGUGAGGCCCCACCCCUUCCUGAGAUACUCUUGGUGGUUAGUAAUUGCUGGGAGAUGGGAGUCAGUUUCUUCAGUAGUAUAGCUACAGCUUAGCUGACCGUGCUCCAGUAAAUAACCCGUGACCAUGCUAAGGCAAACGAUCCUAAUUGGAUACAGUGGGUUUACUCACGUACUCACACACAUAAGACACUUGGUGGGAAGACCAAGGGCUUUUGUAGAAGUAGAAUGGGAUAGAAAGGAAAAUGGGUGGGUAAAUACAAUUAAAGUAUUUCGUACGUAGUUGGCAAAAUUACAAAAGAAUAAAGAACUAAAAGAUAAAUAAACAUCGAACAAAAUUGAUAGUAACCAAGAGGGUGCUUUUGAGUGGAAUCACACUUUAGACCUUCUUGAUAACCAUCCUGAAGUCUGACUGGAACAUGCAUGGGCAAAGGGAGAAGAACUGGGUGACAACUGACAAUAAAUAUUAAGAAAAGAAAGCCUGUGUCUUAAACGGCAUGCUGUUCACAGACAUCAGAUAAGAAAGACAAAGCCAUUUGAAGGAUUAUAGAAAUGGAGAGUAAGCUGAGGAUUUAUGAUUCUGAGCUGACAGUGAGCUAAGAUGCUGAGGUAGUGCUUGAUGAACGACGGUGGUUAGCAGUGGGAAACAGCGUUUUUGACCUGGGUGUUGAGGCUGAGUCACAACCACACACAGCUGCUAAAGUUCAUCUGACUCUCUACUUACUACAGGAGGAGUUGGUGGUUUGGGAAUAAUAACAUUAAUAAAAAUGUUUAAAGGGGAAAUAUGAUGGAUGGCCUAAUGGAGUCUGAACUGUUUGUGGUGGUGGAAUUGCAUCAAUUCGUCUGUUAACUCACUUGUUUAUCCACUAAGGUUUUCCCUGCCCAUCAAACCUCUCACUUAUGAGCCGCACAUCCACACAGCUACACCUGUACAAUACAAGACCUUUAUCUGUCAAGACUGAAAAUUAGGUAAUCCAGGCUGUCUUUGAACUUGGGGUGUAGCUGAGGAUGAGCUUGAACCUUUGUUCUUCCGGGUUGCAUGUCCCAGGUGCUGGGAUCACAGGUGUGUUCCACUGUUCACUGUUUGCAUGGCACUGAGGAAGGAAACCCAGGGCCUCAUGAAUGCCGGACUAGCAUCCCACCCUCUGGUGUACACUCCAGUCCUUAGAAAGCUUUUGGUUAGAGACCUGGAUAAACUUAGGAUUGUGUAGGGACGAAAGCUGAACUUACGCUCAGAGGACUUAGAGUUGCCAGAUGGACAUAUUGAAAAGCCUUCUGUUUCCCACACUAUAAGCUUAUUUGUAAACCUUUAUAGUAGGUAAAUGAUAAUCAGAUAUUCUAUGAAGUCUAAAAUGAUGUUUAGAUGCCUGUUGACAAUGUUUGAAGGGUUUUAUUUCAGACUGUGGUAUUCACUUUAGGGAAUAAAGUACGACAUGACGAAAUUAGACACAGAAUGCAUAUGCUAAGAGAUGAAUGUGUGGCAUUGGUUCAAGUGUCACGAUGGUGAGACGCCUGAUAGACACUGACUUACGGAGUGAGCUUCAGAUAUUUCCUCCUGCAGAGAAGCCACGAUGCCUAAAAUUGCCCCUUGGUCAGGAGAAACAUCAGUUUGUUUGUUUGUUUGCUUCUUAAUGUUCAUUUAUUGUAUAUGAGUACACUGUAGCUGUCUUCAGACACACAAGAAGAGGGCAUCGAAUCCCAUUACAGAUGGUUGUGAGCCACCAUGUGGUUGCUGGGAUUUGAACUCAGGACCUCCAGAAGAGCAGUCAGUGCUCUUAACCACUGAGCCAUCUCUCCAGCCUGAAACAUCAGUUUCUUUUAGCUGUAAUAAUCGCUGUGAGCAUUUGAUGUCUGGCUACAAGCGGGUGUUAGUUCCCAGGUUUUUGAGGGUUAAAUCUAUGUUCUGCUUUUGGUUGGGGCUGCCACUGGUUGGUGAGUCCUAGUAAGUGUGACUGGCAUCCAGUCAGUUUCUCUAGGGCUAUGGAUUUACUCUCUUAUGUCCCAGGAAGUAGUCGCACCUUUGACCUUUUAUUAGAUCUUGCCAUCACAGAGGGUAUAUGAUUCAAGAGAAGUGCACGGCUGUGGGAGUUAUCUGGACCUGGCCUGGAUCCCCAGGGUCUGCCUAUGUCAGGCAUGGAAGAGGAAGACCAAUAUUCAUACAGCCUGUGGCCACACACACCAGUGCAGGGGGAGCAACUGAAUCUUUACAUUCACCCAGUUCAGAGCAGUGAUAUUCCGAGACUGCAGGCUAACACCCCAAAGCUAUGCUGCCUGUCCUCUCAGCUCCACCCAGCUGGAUCUGUAGGAAAGGGGACAAGACAGCCAGCUGUUGUGGAGCUCAGUUUCCCAGC